AUGACUGCUCAGUCAGUAAACUUUUGCUUGAAGUGCUGGAAUGAAGUAAAAGAUGAUUUUACAGUUUCCGCUUUUGGAAAAAUCUGGCAUACGAACUGCUUUACAUGCUGUUCUUGUGAUAAAGUCCUUAACCCAUCUUCCGACAAAUAUGCCUUUGAUAAAGGGAGUUUGUAUUGCAACGACUGUGUUAAAAUUUGUAGUCAUUGUGCACUUCCCAUUCACGAAGUUACGGUAAUGACAGGUGGUCAAGCUUAUCACCCAUCUUGCUUUACAUGCUCAAGUUGCCAUGAUUUCUUGGAUAGUACGGCAUACGCCAAAUCAAAGGGAGAAAUGUAUUGUCUACCUUGCCUUCGCUAUGGUCAACUUAAUCCUCAAUCUUCGACGGAAGACGUUUCUCAUAAAUUAGCCCGGGUCCCGUCAAGUCCUUAUGAAGGUACGUUCCCACAAGCUUGCUCUUGUUCACCACCCAAAUCAUCAGGUGUUCCUCAAAAAGUACCAAACGCUAUGGAGUCAUCCUUUUCACCAACUGAACAACUCUAUUCGUCCAAUGCUGCUCGUCCCAAGCUUUCUAUCCAAACCGCAUCAUCCGAUAGUUUAAAUGGUUCUGUCCCCUUGCAGCCAAUUCAAGAAGUUCUAGAUAACCAAGAACUUAAGCCGAAGCCUUUUCAACCUCAACUAGUCGUUUCUCCUGUGACUCCUAGUGCCCAAACAAACAAUAUCCUUCCAGGAUCUUUUGAGUCUGCCAAGUCUGGCUUUUCAAAUGCCAAUUACUCGAAUCUUUUGGCUGCAAAUCCUACCCACCUUCAUCCUCAAAAAUCUCUUGACAAAGAUUUGCCCGUACCUUCUCCAAGAAACGAGCAGUCUGCGUUUCCGAAACUUCAGAAACCUGUUCCUACGUUUCUUCCAUCUCAAUCUGUUACCAAUUCCCCUUCCAAACAUGGCGCUCUCAACGGUCAUUCGGACCCGUCAGUAAACCGAUUGAGAACCGCUUUUCGAGACGUAACCAAUGAUAGGAAUGGCCGUGCCCUUCCAAUUCGUAAUAGUGUUUCAAAUACCAGAGAUUUAAAACAAGACACUCUUGGAGAAGCAGGUUACUCACCAACAAGAGGUCAAUUUCCUCGAUAUCCAUCCAGACUAUCCAAGAAAAAUCGCUGCCUUUCCAAUGAGUUUGGCGCACAACCUUCACAUAAUGCGAUUUCAGCUUCCUCUUUAACCUUUUCUCCGCGUGCUAAAAGUUUUACUUUAUCUCAAGGUAACGCGAACCAUAUGUUUCAGCGUAGUGGAAGACGCAGUUCUUUGGUUCGUGCUAGUGAUGUAUUUUCCUCCAAUGUUUUUGAAUUUUCAGAUGAUCAGGUUCAAGAUCUGGUAGCAGAGGUUUCGUAUCUUCAGACACAACGAAGUGCAUUAUUGUUGGAAGUUUCUUCCUUGGCAUCAUUUACCGAUGCCGUUCCCUGUAUGCCAGCUGAAUUGCUAGAGCAAGAUCUAAUUGCAAAGUUAACAGACCGUUUUGACAACUUAACAAAAUCAUUUCAAUCGGAGAUCACCACCUUGCUGUUACGACGUGAUGCCUUGUCAGCUACCGUCACGAAAUUGCAAAACGCGUACAACACGGCUACGGAAGAAACCGCUUAUUUGAAUGUUAAGAACACUGAAUUGGCGAGUUUAAACAACCAAUUGGAACGAGAACUUUCAAGCUUGAAAGAAUCAAGACAGAGCAAAAGAAAAUCGUCUUUUGGACUGUUUGGCAGAAAACCCGGUAGUUCCAGCUAUUCGCCUUCACCUACUCAGUCUCCUCGUGAAUCAUUGUCUAGAUUACAAAUGGUUGCCUCGAGCCUUGGUUUCCGACCUAAGGAUAAGGAGAAUAAUAAAGAGAAUGAAGGUUCCAAACCGAAUUCCAAAAUUGACCUUAGAAAAAGUCUUACCAAAAAAUUCUCAUGGAAGAGAGGAUCAAGGAUCCCCACACCCUCAAGUAUUGUCGAGGAAACCGGAGGAGAAGAACAGGAAGAUAACAUUCCUGAAGCUGGCGUCUGUAAGUUGUGUGGAAAGUACUCGGCCCAAUUGCGAGCUCAUUAUCAAGACUGCCUUAGCUCUACUAUCGAUCGACAAUAUCAAGUACAAAGAAGCAAUGUUUCUUCUGCACCUUUAGAUUCGGAACAGUUUGAUAGUGAAAAUCAAACAUUGACAAAAGUUCCUUCUCUUAUUACGACAUGCAUAAACUUUGUCGAGACUUAUGGCUUGGACUUUGAAGGUCUUUAUCGGAAAAGUGGUGCAACAUCCCAAAUGAAAAGAAUUUGGGCAUUGCUGCUAGAAGGAGAUGUUGCUCUUCAUCCUUCAGAUGAUAUUUCUGCUGUAACAUCCGUACUAAAACAAUAUCUCCGAAACCUCCCAAACCCCAUCAUAACAUUUGAAGAAUACUUUCCUUUCAUUUUAGCAGGAAGUCGCACGUCGUUUCAAGAGAAGGUUGAAGGAUUUAGAGGAGUUAUCGAAAGACUACCUUCUGUUCACUCGACUAUCCUUCGCUUGAUCAUAAAACAUUUAUCCAAGGUUGCAAAGUAUAGCUCGGAGAAUCUUAUGAACUCUAAGAAUUUAGCUGUUGUAUUCUCACCCACCCUAGUACGAGAUCCUGAAAAUGAGCGUGAUGUCGUUGACAUGACCGUAAAGAAUUAUGCUCUAUCCUUUUUGAUUGAUUACGCUGAUGAGGUGCUUCCCUGA